AUGACAAAUACAAAGGGAGAGAGAAGAGACACCUGGUACAUGUUCUCUAGGUCUUUUAGAAAACAUACAGUUGUUCUACUGGCCAUGUAUAUGCGAACCUACAAGAAGAGUGAUAUUGUAGACAUCAAGGAAAUGGAUGCUAUCCAAAAUGGAAUACCUCAUAAAUGUUACCAUGGGAAGACUGGAAGAAUCUACAAUGUCACUCAGCAUGCUGUUGGCAUUCUUGUGAACAAGCAAGUCAAGGUCAAGAUUCUUGCCAAGAAAAGUAAUGAGUGUCUUGAGCACAUUAAACACUCUAAGAGCCCAGACAGCUUCCUGAAAUUGGUGAAGGAAAAUGAUCAGAAGAAGGAAACCAAAGAGAAGGGAUCCUGGGUGCAGCUGAAGCGGCAGCCUGCUCUGCACAGAGAAGUGCACUUUCUGCGAACUAAUGGAAAAUAA